GGCAUCCCCUACAAUUAUUUGCGAUACGCAUACAGCUCUGCUUACAGGAGCCCUGGGACACGGUUCAGCAGGGAAGAAGGGCAUAAGUUAAGACCGCUUCUGAUGAUUCAUCGAGUAGCAUCUAGAGAAUUUCAUCUAAGAAAGUAGUUGUAGAAGAAGGGACGAAGAUAGCAGCUGGUGCGCCUGCAGCAAUUACUCUCAGCAACCAAUAUCGUCGCCAUACGGGAGUAGACAUGAUCAGCAGGAACAAGUGGCUCUGAUCAUGUCAUCUACUCACGUAUGGUGACAGUAGUUGUUUAAGAAGAGGCGGCUCUUGAUUCAUUACAAACGGCCAACCAGCAUCAUUCUAUUCUUGUGACUUUGUUGGAAGUUUGUCUGAAGUUUGUCUCUAGUUAAGUAUUAAGUCGCAGCCUCAUGAGGAGUUCGCGGCGCCGAUCCGUGGGCUUGGCGGAACACGCUGCACCCGACCCGAUCCGUCACAAAAAUUUUUAAAGAAGAGGCGGCUCUUGAUUCAAUCCUCGUCUAAUCAACAUUGCGCACGACAUAUUUUUUUCCCCCCGUGGAUUUUACCAUGAUGGCAGUGCAAGCACCGAGGGCCAUCUUGGCACUCCUGAAC